AGUUCUUCUUCCACAUCCGGUGAAGGUUUAGGGUUUCGCAGUUUAGGUGCAAAUUUUGCAGGUCGUCGUCCCGAUCCCCUGCCAUAGCCAGGGAGCACGACCAUCGUCAUUGUGAAGAUGACGUUCUUCCAUUUCUUCAACUGCGCCGCUCUCACGUUCGGUCCUCACGCCAUUUACUACAAGGCUACUCCACUGUCGGAGUAUGACACCCUUGGCACUUGCAUCAAAGCUGCGAUCGUGUAUUUAGUAACCACCCUGGUGAAGCUCAUCUGCCAGGCAACGUUUCUGCAAGUCAGCGAGCACGAUGACUUCGAUCUGGGUCAGGAGCUUCUUAAGGGCCUCAUUGGGUUUCUGGAUGUGGGUGGGUUGUAUUACGCUCUCACCCAGGUGAGCCACAGGAGCAUCUCCCAAGACCAUAAGUUCCAGGCGGUUGGAUUGGGCUGGGCGUUCGCUGAUGCGUUGUUGCACAGAUUGGCGCCAUUGUGGGUCGGUGCCAAAGGGCUGGAGUUUACGUGGGAGCACCUACUGCAAGGGUUGGAGUCCAAUGCUAAUUUGGUCUUGACUGUGUCUCUUGCCGCGCUGGGAUCGCUCAUGUGGUUGAGGAAGAACAAGCCAUCGGCUCUGGUACCGGUCAUUUACACAACCGCGGGGGUCGUUGCGGCAAUGCCGUCCAUCACCAACUACUUGCGGAAGGGUUUGGCUUGGGAAUUUUCAAAUGUUGUAAGCUUUGAGUUAUUGGCAUCCCUCGUGAUGUCCUUCAUCACUUGGCGUCUGUUCUGUGCUUGCCAAAGACCGGCUCAAUAGUUUGUAAGAAGCUUCACUCAACUUACAUGUUUUUGGUUAAUCACAUGUUUAGAUCGAUUGCAUUUCCGAAUGCCAGAAACUCCACCUUGAAGGCCCUUUGUCAGGACAGUCCCUAUGAUCUUUAUACAUCUGAUUCUUGGUAUUGCCCGCACUCUGCGGUUUGCGCUUCGAGCUGGAAGGGUCGCAUAGCGAGCUGGAAUGUUUGGGCACAGGUGGUUGUAUGUUACAGAAGCUUGGAGCUCCUUUUAUAAUUGAGAAAUCACUUACUGAAAAAAAAAUUUCCAGUGGGAUGAUUCUUGGUCUACCUGAGUUCAACUCUUAAAUACUAUCCUUAAUUUUACGAGCUUGUUGAUCUCGCCCUUUUUCA